CAACCCCCCACCUUAUGCCAUUGGUACGUUCCACGAUGGCGGCCAACAACAAUGGAAGCCAAGCUGCAUCUACGAGUAAAGAAAACCCCCUGUCCAUCUCAUGGCACGACAGUGCGUGGAUCCCGAUGCUGAGUCCCGCCAACGUGCUGGACUACUUCUCGGAGCGAACAAACCCGUUCUACGACAAGAGCUGCAACAACGAGAUCAUCAAGAUGCAGAGGCUCAGUCCUGAACAGUUAAAUAACAUGACAGGAGUGGAGUAUAUCCUGCUGCAUGCCCAGGAGCCCAUCCUGUAUGUGGUUAGGAAGCAGCACAGGCACUCACAACAACAAGUCACCCCACUAGCCGACUACUACAUCAUAGCUGGUGUAGUGUACCAGGCCCCUGACUUGUACUCUGUUCUCAACUCCAGACUGCUAACAUCUCUUCAUAACAUUCAGUCUGCCUUUGAUGAAGCUCUGUCCUACUCCAGAUAUCAUCCAUCUAAUGGGUACUGGUGGGAGUUCAAAGAUAAGGAAGACAAAAAGAGAGAAGAUAAGUCCAAUUCCCAGGGCAGUAAGAAGAAGCCAGAAGAGAUGAGUUCAGCAUUCCAGAGACAGAGAGUGGACAUGUUGCUGGGGGAGCUGGCAGACAAGUUCCCGCCCAAGUUUGCACAGCCCAAGAGAGGUGACCAGCCUGUCCCAGUUGAAGAAGACAGGAAACCAGGAGAGCAGGCAGCACAGGUAAAAGAAGAAAAGUCCGAAGACACGCCAAACCAGAACCACAGCAGCUCCGGAUCCAGAUCCAACCAGUCCAUGCAACCACCUGAGAAAAGAAUGAAAUUAUCAAAGCAAAGCUGAUGUAGAUUAUAUACAUGUAUAUACGUAGAUUAUAUAUGUAUGUGUAGAUAUGAUAUAACGGCCAAUUGAGUAAUAGUGAUCCUCGUUGUCCUCAAGUUCAUUUAGAUUGACCUGAAACUGCAAAGAAUAUCCAUGUGUCAUGGUUGUCAGAGACAAUAUCAAUGGUGCAAGUGUAUUUUUGUGCUUCUACAUACAUUGAUUGUAAUACAGAACAAGUGGAAAUUGUUCAAAUUUGACUGUGGUAUACAGCAAAAGCUUCUCCUCAGGAGUAUUGUUUACAGAAAAUUACAAUGGAAGAAGAACUAGUACUUGGACUGAAAAAGAAGAGAUGUGAGUUACCGAUAUAUCCUCAAAUUUGCACAUGCAUUUGAAAACAAAGAUCAUGUUAUUUAUGUAACCCAAAUGGUUCUCAACCAUCCUCCUGCAUACAUUUAUGCUUUGUGCAUAAAUGUGCUUAACAGCAGCUGGCCAAACGUGAAGUUGUAAUAAAAUAAAAUGUUUUGUA